AUGGCCCCUAAAGCUGCCGCCGAGAAGAAGCCCGCCAGCAAGGCCCCCGCCUCCAAGGCACCCGCUGAGAAGAAGGAGGCUGGAAAGAAGACGGCCGCCACUGGCGAGAAGAAGAAGCGCACAAAGACACGCAAGGAGACCUACUCUUCCUACAUCUACAAAGUCUUGAAGCAAGUCCACCCUGAUACUGGUAUCUCCAACCGUGCCAUGUCAAUCCUGAAUUCUUUCGUCAAUGACAUCUUUGAGCGCGUCGCAACCGAGGCCUCCAAGCUCGCUGCAUACAACAAGAAGUCUACCAUCUCAUCCCGAGAAAUCCAAACAUCCGUCCGACUCAUCCUCCCCGGUGAACUUGCCAAGCACGCAGUUUCAGAAGGUACCAAGGCAGUUACAAAGUACUCCUCGUCCACGAAAUAG